UCAUCUCAAAGUAAAGUUAGCGAUAAACACAAACCCGACGACAAAGACCAGGUGAAGGGAAAAGAAGAACACCCUAAUGUAAGCUCAAAUGCAAAGAGAAUUAAAGAUGAUGUUACAGAGAAGGGGAUUGAGAAUGACUCUCCUGCUCCAAGAAAAGACUCUGACUACAGUGUAGACAGCGAGGGAAAUGGUGACAGCAGUAUGUUUAGUGGCAGACCACUUUCUGUUGACAUUGCAGACUCAUCUGAGCCUCAGGAGCGUCCACCAACUCCAGUAUCUCCAACAUAUGAAAUGAGCAAGAGAAUGUACGCAGCACGUCAAGCUUGGGAUAAAGCCCCUUCAUCCUCAGUUGGUUUGACAGCAGUUGCCAUGGACUCUCCUUCAACUUGGUCCGAAAGCAAUACUGCUCCUGUUUCAAGGACAGUUGUGAAUUCUAGUUCAAAUGAAGGAAGUUCUCUYGGAGAAAGURCACCUGUAAAAGUUAAUGAAACAAGAGAAAUCGCUGAUGAUACUGUCGUUAAAUCUGAUGUCUCCAAAUCUGCUGAGACCCAGUUCAUUGCUAAAAAGCCAGGAGGAAAUGAACAGCAGAAUGUGUGCAAAGUCAAGCCACAGCAACAGCAGGCUGUCAAACCYCAACACGUCUUACUAGCUGCUUCAACUGAAGAAAGACGACCAUCUGACUUGGACACUAUKGCUCCUUCUCAAACRGUUAUUGCUCAAGACCACCUACUUCCACAAAAUGUUAGUUCAAGUUACCCAUUCCAGCUUGAGCCUCAUAUCCUGCAACUUCAACAUCGUCAGCCUCAACACUUCAUGCAACCUCUGCAAUCMCUACAGCAGUCAACUCAAGUACCAGCUAACAGAUACCAGAUUCAACCCCAAAUUCAGCAAGUUCCUCAUCAGCCAACUUCMGCACCAUCACCACUUUCACAGUCACCCCAAGAGCUGUUUCAGUCACAGUAUCUGGCAAAUAAUUUGUACUCUGCAAGCGGAUUUCCUGGAUCUCAGUCAUUUGUGUCMAUACCAAURGUUGCAACAACCACAACCCCUUCCUUUGCUACUUCAUCCACAAGAACACAGUCACUUCAAGGACAGCAGCCUAAAACAGUGACCAGUUCUAUGUUUGGACAGCCAGGYUCUCAAGCACAGACAGUUUACAUGCCUUUUGACCCACAAAACAUUGGAGGCACUCCGACACUUCUUAAUUUUAAUCAACAGUCACAAGCACAACGGCCAAUUAUUGGUAACCAUGGAGUCGGUUUCCCUGAUGUUGUAACACAGCAACAGCACAUGGCUCAAACCAAUCAGCAUCAAGCAUCGCAGCAGUUUCAGCGUCCAUUUGCAUUCCAAACUAAGSCAUCUUUUGAAAAUGAACACAACCCUUCAAUGAAGACCCUUGAUCAAAGUCAAAGUGAUCUCAACCAUCAACAGUCUGAAAUGGUGAAGCACAUMAAUGCCAAACCCUUUGAACCACCAAAGAGACUGUCAACUCCAACAUCAAGCACAGGUGCUGUGGGUCUUAUGGCUUCAGGAGUAAACCCAAAUGUUGUCCACAUUAGGCCCAAUGCGCCUAACAUAGGUGCUCUUUCACACAGCCCUCCGAUGCAGACACCAUUCAUUUCCAGUAGGCCAGUGUCCAUGUCUCCAGUAGACCCUAAUGUUCCUUUUGCUGCAGGAGCAAACUCCUUUGCAAAGCAUGCACCAAUUGGGCAUUAUCAAGUACCCCAGCAGCAGAGGCAGCAACCACCUGUUCAGCAGUUCACUCCAUUUCAGCAACAACCUGUUCAUAUUAAACCACAACAAUUGCAGCAGCAUCAGCCUAUUCACUUGCAACAGGCGCAGCCAAAUCAUUCCCAACAGCAGCACAAUCCAGCCCAUAUUGCUCCAUCAGGUGGACCUGCAAUUCCACCUCAAGCAUUAAUUCAAAGACAGUAUGGGGCAGUGGGAACUGUCAGACCAUCGCAGCAUGCAGUGGGAAAUCAACACUUUCCUGGUCCAAUUCAAAGACCACCUUCAUCUGGUGUAAUGCCAACCAUUCCUCCGAAUAUUUUACAACAUCAACAAAAUGCAGUCCAGCAGCCAAGAGCUAUUCGACAGCAAGUGUCACGCAUGCCACACAACAUUCAGAAACCACCUAUGAUGUCAAACCGUCCACCUAUGCCACARCAAAUGCAAGUUGGUGGACAGCAAAACCCAUUUAAAGCAUUGCAGCAUCAAAAGAUGUUAGAAGAAACACGCAUGUUCUUUGCAAAUCAAGAUCAACAAGUGAAAAUGAAGUCUCAACAACAAAACGAGGCAGAUAAGCCAAAUCUGUUGCCACAGCAACAAGUACCAAAACAAGGACAGCCAUUUCAACAGUCCAAUUUGAAGCAAAUGCAUUCCCAACCAAAACAGGUCCAAGAUUCUAAAAUGCCCUCGCAGCAUUCUAGGCAAUUAUUGCAACAAAAGCAAGUGCCACUGGCUCCUUCUUCGGGAGUGCAUCAUCAGGCUAAGCCCCCAAGAAUGUCUCAAGACAAAUCAAAGCAAUUAAAUCAAGACAAGAAAGACAAGAAAGAAGAAAACAAGUCACAUAUCAUUGAACUACCAAGGAAGAAACCACAAGAUAACAAGUCAAAACAAACCAAAUUGGAACCGACAAAAAAUGAAGACACAAGCCAAACGUCAAAGCUAGAUGGGAAAACMCCCAUCAACAAGAGAGGAGGUCCAAUUCGUAUCGCACCUAUGAUACAAAAGCCUCCUCAAGGUGGUGGACGUGGGAAUCGGCUCAACAAACCCCGCGUACCAUUGAAAAACACUUCAAGUGUUCAAGGUAAUAAACCAAAAGCAGAAGUACCUACAACUAGGCCUGCAACAGGGACUACUGCAACCGCUACUGGGUCAGCUAGCAAGCCUGCCAAUGAAACAGCAGCAAGUUCAAAGGGGAAAGACCCCAAAGAGUCAAGUGCAAAAGAAUCUGGAGAAGUCCAAGCAGCUGAACCUUUUCGCAAGUAUUGGCAGAAACUGAACAGAAACAUUCUCUUGGUUUUUCAAMUUCGUUCACCGUUUUCUAUGCAUUUCAAAGUCAAUUUUAAGAGAGGGCGAUGUCGUUCAGGCGAGCUAUUCAUCUGCAAUUUUCCAGUGGAGACACCAACGUGUUUCAUGUACACUCGKUCAGGAACGAUUCCUCACAUUGCUAUUUAUCACGAUUUACUAGAGCACAACUUCGAAACAGUUAUUCAGCUAACGUUACCAACUCUCGUAGAUCAACCAAGUGUUGAAUUAGUAAAGAAGUUAGAUAAAGGGAUUCACUCCUUCAUUGGAAGUAAGGUWCGAAGCUUCCUCACUGUACAAGACCCCGCCAAAGAACCGCCAGUCGGAUAUAACGUCGACAAAGCUGUAUCUGUAUGGACUCCCGGGGGWAGAAGGCAGAUUGAUGUCCAGCAAUUUAUGGCCAUCGUAGAAGCCUUCAAACCAAAUCUUGUUGAAUGUUUAUGUGAUACAAUACCAUCAACUGGCCAGUCGGCAAAAAGAAUUCAGAAAUCUGUUGACAGAACUUUAAAAUAUCUUGAAGAGAUUGUUAAAUACAAGGAAAACAGUAAGGAUUCACAGUAUAGUUUACUAGGUGUGAUUGAAGGCUCAGACUCACUCGAGGAAAGACAGAGAUCGGCCAAGGAAACUGCAAAAUUCCCAGUAUCAGGCUUUGUUGUGGAAGGAUUUGCUGGUCAUUUUGGUGAUUGGCCAUAUUUGUUGGACAAGACGACGUCUGUUCUCCAAGAAGAUUUACCAAGGUUUAUUCAAGGUAUCUCCUCUCCUGAUGAUGUUAUCAAGGCCGUCGAAUGUGGCAUUGAUGUUUUCGAUUCAAGUUACCCGUAUCAAGCCACUCAAAGAGGUUGUGCUUUAGUAUUUCCUUCAAGCAGCAAGAGAUUUAAAUCUGAGWAUACAACGACAGAUAGUUCGCCAGUCGAAACAAAAAAUGACGGAAAAGUAAAAGAGAGUGCGAGUCCAGCUUAUAGUGAAUAUGAAAUAAACCUGAAUGACUCCAGGUUUAGUAAUGAUUUGAAUAGUGUGGGCAGCUGUGGGUGUGACUGCUGUCGAAACCAUUCGCGAGCCUAUAUCCACCAUCUUCUAGUUACCAAGGAGAUGCUUGCCCAAGUGUUGCUCAUGACGCACAAUUUGUACCAGUAUUAUAAGUUCUUCGAAGACAUAAGACAAGCCAUUCAMAAAGAACAAUGGGAAGAAUUCAAGGAUCGCUUUAACUUGGGAAACCGCUGAAGGCUGUGCUGUUAACACUACUSUGUUCCCUGUUCUCUCUGUACAUGGUAGGACACAAUAAAGUAGAAUGAACAUCACAUGACUGUUUUAAAGAGAUUAUGAAAUUAUUUGACUUUGAAACUUUGUAUAUUUUUGUACAUACUGCACCAACUGCAGCAACAGCUACAAAAAUAACCAGCCGUACAGGUACUAUUCAAACUAAA